UAGCAAGUGUUAUAUCAACAUGACUACGCCGGUGUUGACAAAGCAACAGCAGAGGCACAGUUUGUCAGCUAAAAAAGGACCUGCCAAGGGUUUGCGGAACAUUUUGGCACAACCUAAUGUGAAUUUCUGGCCAGUCAUCGGUGUAGAGGAGUAUCCAGAGUUGGUGACAAAUUUAAAAACGAUAUUACCCACAAUCGAACAGAAAUCUAGAUCUAUCCCUAAGCAUAUACUUAAAAGCUUAUCAAAAAAUGAGCGUGCAUUAGCUAGGAAGGAAGCCUUAGAAAAGGCACCUCCAAAGCCAGAUAUACUGAAAUACAUGAUUAUAGGCAUUAAUAAAGUUACUCGAUCCUUGGAGAAGGACAACGUAUGUAGCGUCCUAUUGGAUGCUACUGUUGAGUCGCCGUUAAUAAUAAAACAUAUUGUUACCAUGGCAGUGAACAAGGAAGUACCUGUUCUUUUGCUACCCAUUCUGAAACUGGUCACAUUGGAAAAGUUGGGAUUUGCCACGACAGCUUUUGCUUUAACGCAAGAGGUAAUGCAAUGUCCAGAUAAUGCUUGCCAUCCGUUAUACAAGUCGAUAGCAGAAGCCUUUAAAGAUUUUAAAUUGCCAAAAAGUUUGCUGCACCGUUUUAUGCCCGACGACGGCGCAAUAAGUGAAACGAGGAUCACAGUUAUGAAUUCUGACACAAAUCCAAAUAUUUCGAAGCCAGAAAAAUCUGUUACAGUAUUUACAGAUGUAUACAAGUACAGAUCUUCACGAGACAAGAGAGCUUUCAUACCGCCAACGGUCAACCAAAGUUCUCGAGUCUCUCAAACGCCAUCGGAUGACUUUAUUCCUUUAGGGAGUGACUUUGAUUCUGCUAACGACAAAAAUUUUGCCAAUACGUCGAAGAAUGCGAGAUAUGUAAAUAUCAGCAAAAGUCCUGAAGUCUCUCAAACACCAUCGGAUUUUAUUCCUUUAGACAAUGACUUUGAGUCUGCGAGCAACAAAAUUUUUACAAGUACGUCGAAGAAUGAGAGAUAUGUAAAUACCGACAAGGAAAAGAAACAUACAAGUGAAUCUGAAAAUAUGGAAGAAAAUCAGUCAUUUAAAAAAUUUAAAUUAAUCAGUAAUAAUGCAAUUUCAACUAAACAUACAAAAAAUAGAUUAAAAAGACCAAAAAAUGACGAACCUAACUACUUAUCAUUAAAAAUAAAGCGUAUACAAGGAAAUAAUAAACGAAAAAAAGCAAAUAAAUUUAAUAAAAAGAAGGAAUUACUAAAAAAAGGAAGAACACUUGACAGUUGAAUGAUAUUCUAAUUGUCUAUCAAGCAAAAGAUCUGGACACAAGUCUCACUAUUUUAUUUCGCAUAUAAUACGGAGGAAUUUUCAAUGGAAAAAUAUUCCACUGGGACGAAGACGAGAAUGAAAAAUAUGAAUUAAAUCCUAGGAUAACUCAGUAAAAAUGGAUUGUGAUGUAGGAAAUAAAAAAAAUCCGUUUUUCAAUCCAUUUAAGUAGACGUCAAUUAAAAGUAGAUGAUCACGUUCGUCGUAUUUCAUGUUAAAAAAUUGGCAAUCAACGCUGCUUUUGAAAUUCACCUGGUUAACAAGUUCCAAUCUUUGACAACUAAUCCUUUAAUAGUGAUUAAAAAAUUUAAAGAAUAUUUUAUAUAAUUAAAAAUUAAUCAAUAUGUUAAUGUUUGUGUAUAUCUCUCAAAUUUUUAGUGAAAUAUGUGACAGAAAAAUUAAUUACGUUUAAUUUGUAAUUAUAAAAAAAUAAAACAAAAAUAUAAUGUACAAUAAUCGAAAAAUAUAUAUUUUAAUACAGAUUAUUACAUUAUAUACAAGAGUUAACUCUACUUUAUGCAUUAUCAAUGAAAUAAAUAAAUACUUAUAUUAGUAAA